AUGCACGUAACUUUCGUUCCAGGAGAAAUACAAGAUUUAUGGGAUAAUUGGGGUCUGGAAAUGCUUGUGCUAUUGAGUUUCACCAUGCAAGUGAUCCUCACAGUGUAUGGAAGCCGCAGAAAGGACAUCCCAGGUUUGAGGACAAGGUUCACAGUUUGGUUCACCUAUUUGCUGUCUGCUUCCCUUCAAAAAAUCAUCACAGGCAAGCUUACAGUAAUACCUGAAAGUGAUCCAAACGAACGCAACAUAGGACGUGAAGUGAAGGCACUGUUUGCACCAUUGCUUCUGGUGCAAAUUGGAAAUCCAGAUGCCAUAACUGCAUACUCAAUUGAAGAUAACAGAUUGGGGCUGAGGCAGUUGCUCACCCUUGUUCUCCAAGUAGCUGUGGUGAUUUGGAUAAUCAUAAAGAGUUGGACACAUUCACAACUCUCUUUUCUGUACUUGCCAUUACUUGUAUCUGGACUAAUCAAGCAUGGAGAAGUUGUUUGGGCUCUAAAGUCAGCACUUACUAAAGGAUCAGGCAUAAUCACCAUUCAAGAGAUUGACCAAGAAGCCAACAUGCCUGCUUUAUUCAGAUGCCUUCCUGAGGAUAUUCCAAACAUAGAGUUGAUUCUAAAGGCUUAUUACCGCUUUAUCUCAUUGAAGCCUCAUCGUGAGCACUGGCUCUACCAGCCUCUAUACGAAUCACUACCCCAUAUGUCUAUAGAUGAAUAUGCUCCAGAAGACAUCUUCCACAUCACAGAUGCAGAACUGAGCUUCAUGUACGAUGUGUUGUACACCAAGUCACCUAUAAUCUAUACCAAAGCAGGUUGUAUUCUUCGUGUCCUAAGCUUUUUCAAUUUAGUUCUAACGUUGUGUGGAUUCUCAGUCUUAUUUAGGCAAGAAUUUUCACGCCAUUGGAAAGCAUGUUUUAUAGUUGGGGUGUUAGGUGGAGCAGUUCUCAUGGAGGCAUACCAGAUUGCACAAUUACCCUUCUCAGAUUGGGCCAUAAUUCAAAUGAUCAAGCACAAAGAUCUUCCAUUCAUGAUUCCAUGCCUGAGAAUUCUCGGACCGAGAGCCAGGAGUUGGAAAAGGUGGUCAAACUCAUUGCCACAGUUCAACUUGUUAAGCUUUUGCAUUCAUGACAAACCAAUAAGGUGUGGAAAAAUUCUAAAAUUCCGUGGCAUUGACAUGGAGUUGAAAAAGAACAGGUGCAGGACACGCAUAGAAUUUCCCCCAGAACUGAAAGCUCUGAUGGUUCAAGAAAUGAAAGAGAUUGAUGGAGUCAGAAGACUGAAGCACUUCAACCAACGGGGAGAAUGGUCACUCGGCAGGUAUGGCUCGCUCAACGACAUCAAAUGGAGUGUUAAACGAGACUUCGACAAGAGCAUUGCUAUAUGGCACAUUGCAACAGACAUAUGCUACUAUUCAGAUGCUCAUGCCAAUGCCUCAAGCCCCAAAAUCAAAAUGGCCAGAUUAUUGUCCAAUUACAUGAUGUACCUCCUAGCUAUGCGCCCUCACAUGCUGUCCACCACCACUGCUAAGAUAAUAUUUCAACACGCCUGUGAUAAAUUGAAGGGUUUGACGGUAGACAAAGAACAAUGUGUGAAAGAUGAAAAAGAAGCAUGUAGGAUUUUGAGAACGGAAAGAGUUCCCCAGGAUUUAAAUUCUGAGAGGAAAUCAGAAACUGUUGUGACAUCAAAAUGGAACAUGCUUAGGGAUGCUCAGAGACUGGGUAGGAAUUUGAUGCUAAGGGAGAACAGAUGGCAGAUCAUAUGCAGUGUGUGGGUGGAGAUGUUGUGUUAUGCUGCAGCUAAUUGCUCAACAGAUUAUCAUUCUGAACAAAUAAGGAGAGGUGGAGGUUUGGUAACACAUGUUUGGAUUCUUUUAGCUCACAAGACUGAUAAAUAUCACAUCAGUGACUAG